AUGGAAAACUAAUUGCCAAUAAGAAAGAAGACCUAUAAUAAUGAGUCAUAGUAAGAUGAUAAGAACAAACUUGCCUCUUAGAAGAUCUAAACAGAUAAGCUAUUAACAAGCUUAUAAAAAAUUACCUUGCUGGAUAUUUUAGAUGAGUUUGCCAAAGAAUCAGAAAAUAAAAGUAUUACAGAAAUUUUAAAAGCUAUUCUUAUAAAUGCAGAGGUUAAACAUAAGGAACCUGAAAUUAGAUUAGAAUUGGAUGCUGGAAAGUAGGAUAAAUCAAAUAAUAAUUACAACUAAAAAUUUGAGUCAAAUAAUUUCUAAAAUAAUAAAUUUAAAAAGAGGAAUACUGAAGGGGGUUGGAAUGAUAAUUAAAAAAAUGAUUAAGGAAAUAAAGAAAAUGGUAGAGGAGGAUAUGAUAGAAAUGGAGGAUAUGAUAAAAACAAACCUUGGGAUAAUAAAGAUGGUAGAAAAGGUAAUUUUUAAAGAGGAGAUAAUUGGAAGAGUAAUUAAGAAGGCAAGAAGAAUGGAGGAGGUAAUUCUAAUGGAGAUUGGAAUAAUAAAUAAGGAAAUGGAGAUUGGAAGUAGAAUGGUAAUAAUAAUGAUUGGAAAACAGGUGGAAAUAAUAAUGACUGGAAAUAGAGUUAAAAUAAUAAUGAUUGGAAAUAAAAUGGAACUAAUAAUGAUUGGAAAACAAGUGGAAAUAAUAAUAAUACUAGUGGUACUAAUAAUGAUUGGAAAACAGGUGGAAAUAAUAAUGACUGGAAAUCAAGUGGGAUUAAUAAUGACUGGAAAUCAAGUGGGGUUAAUAAUGAUUGGAAAACUAGUGGAAAUAAUAAUGAUUGGAAAUCAAGUGGUAUCAGCAAUGAAUGGAAAGUUGAAGCAACCACUGAAUAAGCUCAACCAGUUUCUUGGGGUUCACCUAAGUGA